AUGCCUGCCAAACCUAUUUUGGCCUUAGCCCUCAUCGCCGCUGUCUCAGCAGCCAAGCCUACCGUCUACCUCAUCCGUCAUGGUGAGAAGCCCAGCGAUGGAGGUAAUGGAUUAAGCGCUCAGGGGCUUGAGCGUGCGCAAUGCCUCCGCAAUGUUUUUGGCAGUGCUUCAAGCUACAACAUUGGAUAUAUCAUGGCUCAAACGCCAAAGCAAAAUGGCAAACGCGCUCGUCCUUACGAGACCGUAGAGCCUCUCGCAGAAGACCUGGGUCUAACUGUAGACACGUCCUGUGAUCGCGAUGAUCCCAAGUGUGUCAGAGAUGUGGUCGAAGGCUACACCGGGUCGGGCAAUAUCCUGAUUUGCUGGGAACACGACGCCUUGACGGAGAUCGUCGACAAGUUGGGCGACGAUGACGCCCCAUCGUAUCCCGAUGACCGGUCAGUAGUCUUUAAAUACAAACUCACAAUUCCAUGGCUGAACAAUCUCAGGUUCGACUUGAUUUGGACCGAUCCCUAUCCCUACUCCGAGAUCACAGCACAGACCAGCGAGCAAUGCCCUGGUUUGGAUGGUUAG